CAUUCAUUUGUUAUGAUGAUUGUGCUAUACUAUGGCAUAUGUUUCACAUAUUUAUCAUACAAUUUAAUCAUAGAGUGGGCUAAUAUUAAGUUAUUGUGGCUUUUAAAAUUGAGUGUUUGGUUUUACACAUUCCAGUUGGUUCCAUAAUCGAAUUUAAUCCGUUUGUAUGCAAAACUUUGUAUACAAAAAUGUAUACAUAAAUAUAAUUAUAUUCAGGGCUAGAAGUAAAAAAUAGUGUACAAUUUAUUAUUUGAAAUUAUUUUUAAGAAUAAUAAUAAUGCUUUUAUUAAACGCGUUUGCGUACAACUACUAAUACAUACAUGCUAUACAUACUAAAUAGAACUAGGCGCACCACCUAUCGGUGGACAGUCAUUACAAUCAGUUUGAGCGUAUUUCAGCGGGAAUAUUGAUGAUCAGCCAUUUGAGCAAGGGAGGAAAAAGGCGAUCGAGUACAAAAUAAACAGUGACGAGGUUAUUUAAGAAACAAACUAUCAACAUGACGGCGACAAUGCAGAGGGAAAGUGCAGUCACCAUGGAGACCUGUGAAGAAGAAGAUUUUGGGCCCCAAGCAAUUGCAAAAUUAGAGGGAAAUGGAAUUCUGGCUUCAGACAUCAAGAAAUUGGAGGAGGCAGGGUACCACACUGUUGAGUCUAUUGCGUUUGCUCCGAAAAAACAGCUCAUCACCAUCAAAGGCAUCAGCGAGCAAAAGGCUGAUAAAAUUUUGGCUGAGGCUCAUAAGCUAGUUCCCAUGGGCUUUACUACAGCCACAGAAUUCCACCAGAAGAGAUCAGAAAUCAUUCAGCUGACAACAGGCUCUAAGGAACUGGACCGCCUUCUGGGUGGUGGUAUUGAAACUGGCUCAAUCACUGAGAUUUUUGGAGAAUUUAGGACUGGAAAAAGCCAGCUUUGCCACACUUUGGCUGCCACAUGCCAACUGCCAAUUGAUCAGAAUGGUGGCGAAGGAAAAUGUCUCUACAUUGAUACCGAAGGUACAUUCCGCCCUGAGCGACUUCUUGCUGUUGCCGAGCGCUAUGGACUUUCUGGGACAGAGGUGCUGGACAAUGUGGCAUACGCUCGAGCAUACAAUACUGAUCAUCAAACACAGCUUUUGGUGCAGGCAGGAGCUAUGAUGGCCGAGUCACGCUAUGCACUUCUGUUAGUGGACAGUGCCACAGCUUUGUACAGGACUGACUAUUCUGGCAGAGGCGAGCUCUCUGCUAGACAAAUGCACUUGGCUCGUUUUUUGAGGAUGCUCCUGAGAUUGGCUGAUGAGUUUGGAGUUGCUGUGGUCAUUACUAACCAGGUGGUCGCCCAAGUGGACGGAGGGGCUGUUUUUGCUGCUGACCCCAAAAAGCCUAUUGGUGGUAAUAUUAUGGCACAUGCUUCUACUACAAGACUGUAUUUGAGGAAAGGACGUGGAGAGACAAGAAUCUGCAAAAUUUAUGACUCGCCCUGCCUCCCUGAGGCGGAAGCUACUUUUGCCAUCAAUGCAGAUGGCAUCGGAGAUGCUAAAGAGUGAAGUGAACUAAACCGCUUAUCAACAUGUGGUUCAAGUGAUGCAUUGAUAAUUUCAAUAAUUUAUUUUCAAGUCAAAUAAUUGCCGCUGAGACAAUCUUAUGCUCCAAAGACCGGUAAAAAUUAAUUUUAAAAUAUAAUGAAAAAUGACAAACUUCAUACUUCUGUUCGUUCGAGUAACCAUAAGAAUUUUUCAUGCAAUUAAUUAUAAUUUUUGUUCACAACUGUAGUAAAAUUUAUGAAUAAAUUUAAAGAAUUAAGAUUCGCUUAAAAAA